AUUCUGAUGUAGAACGUAUUUUUUGUCUUAGUGAACAUGAAAUGAUUGGGCAACAAGUGAGUUUAAGGUUAGAGAAGUUGGAGUUGUAUAAUCUACCUCAAAUGACAUAUAUUUGGGUGGGUCCCAACCAUUCACUUACUCUCCAACAUCUUACCGCAUUAUAUAUAACGGAUUGUGGAAAGUUGGAAGUAAUCUUUCCAAAGUCUGUUGUAAGAUGCUUACCAGAGUUGAAGAAAGUAACCAUAAUAAAGUGCAUGGAAUUGAAGCAGAUCAUGGAAGAAGACGAGUCAAAUCUUCUUUCUAUAGAUGGAGGCUCUGAAGUAGAGGAGAUUAUUGCCUUCCCAAAUCUUGAAGAACUAGAAAUAAUUGAAUGUGCGAAAUUGGAAGUAGUCUUUCCAAAGUCUGUUUUAAGAUGCCUACCAAAGUUGAAGCUUUUGAUGAUAAGCAAAUGCAAAGAAUUAAGACAAAUCAUUGAAGAGGAUAAAAAUUUGUCUAAUCUUGUUUCUCCUCAACCAUGCUUCCCAAAACUAGAAGCAUUGCGUGUUGAUCAUUGUCACAAGUUGAAAAGAUUAUUAUCUGGAUCUGCUUCUAAUGACUUUCCCAAUCUUCAUCUUCUGGCCAUAAAUGGAGCCAAUGAACUAUAAGAACUUGUUGGAUGUAAAGAAGGAAAGAUUAAAGUUGAGCUUCCAAGACUCAAACUUUUAAUAUUUAGGCAUCUUUCAAACUUCAGUCAAGAGAUUGAAUUGCAUAAUUUAAAGAAUUGCAUUGUCUACAAAUGUCCAAAACUCUCUUUGACUUCAACAACUACUCUUCAGAAGCUCUGGUUACGUUUUCCUUACAAAGAUUUCAUAAACACUGAAGUUCGUAGUUGGGAAUUUCAAGACAUAAUAAGAUCCAUAGACGACUGUUCAACUAUUAAUGAUAGCAGUGAGUUCACUUCAUCACAGGAGAUUGAUGACGUAGAAAAUGAGAGCAUUAAAUCUUCAUCCACUGGAGUUGAAAACAUUGGCAUUGGAGAUGCUGUUGCAACUCACAUUGAUUCCAAGGUAGUUGAACAAGAUGAUAAGAUGAAUGAAGGAAAGCCAGGAAUAGUGGCAAGCCAAGGAAUCCAAGUAGAAGAAGGGUUGAACCUUUUGCAUAAACAAGAGGGAAUAUAUGUUUUUCCUAAUAACAACAUUGACAUUUCUUCAGCUUCUGCAGAUAUCCGUACAAGAUUAGGAACAUAUAAACAUUUUGUUGAUCUGGAUGAUGCACAAAUUUCUCUUUUGGUGGAGGCAAUAACAACAUAUCCUCAUCUCUGGAAUGCUUCCAAGAAGUUUAGUCAGCGCUUUCAAGCUUGGAGGUUGAAAAUUUUGGCAGAUAUGUUGUUGUUCCUUCAGAAGGAAAGUGACGAUAGUGUUAUUCCUCAAAGAGAAAAAGAGUUCCAUAAACUAUGUGAAGAAGCUAUUGAAAUUGGGUUUGAGAGUUCAUGGGUAGAGGAAAUGCGUCAACGUGCUGUGGCGAGGGAUCCUAAGCUAGGAGCGGACAUUGCACGGAGAGAAAUAGAUGAGAAUUCUAAUAGGUGUAGUAGUGGGGACGUUGUUGAAGAAGGUGAUGGGCCUAAGAUUAGCUUGGAAGAAGGUUCUGACUUGGUUCAUAAAGAAUGUGAAAUAGGUUUUGUUUCUAAUGACCACAUUUUGGCUCUGAGAAAUGAAGAAGCAGAGCAGGAAUUUGUUGCAGAAGUUUUCACUUCAGAAAUACCAAGAAUAGCAACAUCAUUAACAAACUCGCAAACCGUUGAAAAGCCAACACCCUCAAAUCCAUUGGUGGACACACAACAGACUAGUGAACCGUGUUUGAUGGAGCAGAAAAAACCACUUGCUGAAAUUCCUAAGAGUAAAAUUAAGAGCAGCCAAAUUGAGGCACGCAUUGCUAAAGAAAGUGAAGGCCUUCCUAGAAUCAUUGAAGACUUUGGGGCCAAUGAUAUCAUUAGUUUAUUUGCACCAGUUGUUGUGGGGAAAGAGGGUGAAGAUAACCUAGUUGGAAAGACCCUUGUUGAGUUAGAAAAGUAUCUGAAGAUGUCUCUGAAGGAUAUAGUUAGUUCUGAGACUAACAGCCUUUGCCUUUUGUCUGCUCUUAAUUUCCUAUCCAACCUUCCUUUCAAAGAUGUCAAAGUAUCAGAUGGACUCAAACAUAUUAUAGACACUAUGCACCGACACUUCCCAAGCAUUAUAUGCUCCUUUAAGCAAGGCUUUGCCACCAUUGACAAAUUGGCAGAACUUGAAGCUCGUGCGAAUGAGGUGACUAUUAAAAAGAAUUUCUAUGAUGAACUUCAACGGAAGGAAGUAGUUUUGAAGGAACAAAUCAUUAGGUUGAAGGAAGAAAUAAGAGUUUGUGAGGUUUCCUUAUCAUCCCUGGAGGACGAAAAAAAUAAAUGCAUUGCGGAAACUGUAGAAUACAAAACGAAGCUUGAAAAUGCAAGGAAAGACGAAUCUGAAAUGUUGGAGGUGGCUCAUAAAUGGUCAGUUCUGUGUAGUCAAUAUGAGCUCAAUCGUAUAGCUGCUACAAAUCCUUCGUGAGGAUUUUCGUUGUUCAUUAUUAUUAAGGUUAAUGUCUUCUGUUUUUUCUAGUAGUUUAUGCUUCAAUAAGGUAGCUUGGUCCUAAAUGAACUUAAUGUGCACCCAACCCAUCAACCAGUACCACUCAUCAUACAGUUUCAAUUUAGUUUCUAAAUUUCGAUUGUUCUAUUUUGUUGUGUGUUUGCUAUCUUAUUUGUUGUGUAAGAGCUUGUUCUUCG